AGUGCUCCCCAGGAGCCAAUCCCUUCAAUUCCAAGCAAUGUUGUACGAGAAACAGAUGCCGAAUUGAAUUCGCAAAAGGAUGAAAAGAUGCAACAUGAUAAUACUGAGAAGAUCACAUCGCCGAAGCGCGAAAUCGAAGGAGUCGUGACCGGAGAGCCGCCUGCGGAGAGAAUCUCUAAAGUCACCUCUGCUCCGGCUCCUACCGCUAUCGACAACCAGUGUAAAGUUGGUGCGGUUGAAAACUCUGCAGUUGAUCGCCCCACAGAAGAAACAAAAAGUCAGCCACUCGAACCAGAUUCAGACAUUUCUGCGCCACCCGGCCAUCGUUCUGCUCUUGACAGCGUCAGCAACGUUGAAAAUAUGACUCAGCUGAUUCCGGAACUAACUCAGCAGAUGCAUGCAUCAACAUCACAAGGACUCAACGAUCAGAAACCUGCGUUACCAGCAGACCACCAGCCCACAAUCGAGGGCCAAAAGUCUGCAGAUCAAGUAGUGCAGAAGAACGAAAAUGCCGAGCAUAAGCAGAGCAAUGAAAUUCGUGGCAGUGAAGGUGAACAUGUUCUCGACAAACUUCAAAAUGUGGCAUUGAAUAAAGCUCAGGAAAUACCUAAAGUAGAAUCGGAAGAGUCAGCAAAAAUGUCCGUGGAAUCUGGAAAGCCACUAGAAAGCAGUGUCACACCUGAAAUUGAUGAAGCGAUCGAAAAAAGUGCUAGUGAGAAAACGGAUCGAAAAGAUGCCAUAAACAAUUCCUUGUGUGAUCCGAAAGCUGAGGUAUUCGCAUAA